AUGGCAUCAUCUUCUUCUUGUGCGAGUAAUUCACAGUACCGUCUUCGACGGAAAUACGAUGUCUUUCUAAGUUUCAGAGGAGAUGAUACCCGGUAUAAUUUUACGAGUCACUUGUACAAAGGUUUGACAAUUAGGGGAAUAUUCACCUUUCUAGAUGAUGAAAGGCUAGAGGAUGGCGAUUCCAUCUCAGAAAAACUCGUGCAAGCGAUAGAAGAGUCUCAAGUUGCUGUAAUCGUUUUCUCAAAAAAUUAUGCUACGUCAAGGUGGUGCUUGAAUGAACUAGUGAAGAUUAUGGAAUGCAAAGAGAAAGAAAAUGGACACAUGACAGUUAUACCGAUCUUCUAUUAUGUGAAUCCAUCACAUGUUCGAAACCAAAGUGAGAGCUUUGAAGAAGCAUUUGCCAAACACGAAUCGAGGUAUAAGGAUGAUGUUGAGGGGAUGCAGAAGGUUCAAGGAUGGAGGAAUGCCCUAACUGCUUCCGCAAAUCUAAAAGGACAUGAUAUUCAUGAGGCCGGGAUUAAUCAAUCAAAGGAAAUUGAUGAGAUCGUCGACCACAUCUCUUCCAAACUUUGCAAGAGUGCUAGUGUUUUAUCUGAUUUGCAAGAUGUUGUGGGAAUACAUGCUCAUUUAGAGAAUCUAAAACCCCUACUUCAAAUGGAAAUCAAUAAUGUUCGGAUUGUAGGAAUCUGGGGAACAGGCGGAAUCGGUAAAACAACAAUAGCAAAAGCCAUCUUUGAUACUAUAUCUCAUCAAUUUGAAGCAGCUUGUUUUCUUUGGAAUGUUAGAGAAAAUGCAAAAAAGAAUCAACUGCAUUCUUUACAAAAUACCCUUCUCUCUGAACUGUUAAGAAAAAAAGAUGAUUACGUCACUAAUGAGAAUGAUGGGAAGUGCAUGAUUAAGAGCAGACUUUCUUCUAUGAAGGUGUUGAUUGUGCUUGAUGACAUUGAUGAAAGAGAUCAUUUGGAGUAUUUAGCAGGUGAUGUUGGUUGGUUUGGUAACAGAAGUAGAGUUAUUGUAACAACUAGAGAUAAAAAAUUGAUAGAGAAGUAUGCUGAAAUAUAUGAAGUGCAGACACUACCUGAUGAUGAAGCUCUACAAUUGUUCAAUCAACAUGCUUUCAGAAAAGAAGUUCCAGAUGAGUGUUUUAAGAAGUUCUCGUUGGAGGUAGUAAAUCACGCUAAUGGUCUUCCUUUAGCCCUCAAGGUGUGGGGUUCUUUGCUGCAUAAGAAAGGCGUAGAUGAGUGGAAAAAAAUUGUAGACCAAAUAAAGAAAAACUCUAAUUCAGAAAUUGUUGAAAAACUCAGAAUAAGUUAUGAUGGAUUGGAGCCCAUAGAGCAAAAGAUAUUUUUAGAUAUCGCAUGUUUCUUCCGUGGGCAUAAAAGAAAAGAAGUAAUGAAAGUAUUUGAUAGAUGUGAUUUUGACGAAGCUGAAUACAGAUUAAAUGUUCUAAUUGACAAAUCCCUUGUGUUCAUCUCUAAAUAUGAAAGAAUUGAAAUGCAUGACUUGAUUGAAGAUAUGGGCAAAUACAUAGUGAAAAUGCAAACAGAUUUUGGCAGAAUAAUGAAUGUUGAAGAUUUCAAAGAUGUGAUGAUGGACAAUAUGGGGGCCAUGGCAGUGGAAGCAAUCUGGUUUACUUAUUCUGAAAAACUAUGCUUUAGCAAAGAGGCAAUGAAAAAUAUGCAAAGGCUUAGGAUAUUACGCAUAUUUCAUGAUGACGGAUCUUAUAGGGUGCCCUACUUGACUAAACCCGACUCCAAUUUCCAAGAUGGCUCCAUUGAGUACCUUUCCAACAACUUGCGUUGGUUUGCCUGGAUUGAUUAUCCUUGGAAGUUAUUGCCAACAAAUUUUAAUCCGAGAAGGCUUGUUCAUCUUGAUCUCCGAUGGAAUUCAUUGCAUUAUUUAUGGAAUGAAACAGAGCUGAACCAAUUUCCGUCUCUACAAAGGAUAGAUCUAAGGUCCUCUAAAAGCAUGAAGAGAACACCAGAUUUCAAGGGGAUGCCAAAUUUGAAGUAUUUGAAUCUAGAGUUUUGUACGAGUCUUGAAGAAGUUCAUUCUUCCCUCAAGGAUUGCAAAGAACUCGUUGAGUUAAAUUUGUCUUUUUGUUCAAAACUUGAGAGUUUUCCAUAUGUUAACGUGGAAUCUCUUGAAUCUUUGGACCUAACAAACUGCCCUAGUUUAGAGAAUUUUCCAGAAAUCCAUGAAAGGAUGAAGCAGGGAACUGCCAUAAAGAUUAUGAUGUCAUUCACUAGGAUAACGGAACUGCCAUUAUCUAUCGUUCAUCUUACAGAGCUACAUGUGAGUGGCAUGGGUAACCUUGUAUCUCUUCCAAGCAGCAUUUGUAAGUUGAAAGGUUUGGUGACGCUAAAUGUGUCAUACUGCUCAAAACUUAAAAGCUUGCCAAAAGAGAUAGGUGAUUUAGAAAACUUGGAGGAGCUUGAUGCCAGCUAUACUCUAAUCUCACUUCCCCCGCCUUCCAUCGUCCGGUUGAACAAGCUUAAAUCAUUGUGUUUUCAAAAAAGAAAAUCAGAAGAUAAUAGAUGGAAGACUUCCAGAAGACAUUGUCUUGUGUACUUUAUGUUCCCUCUGGUGUAUGAAGGGUUACUCUCAUUGGAAUCUCUGGAUCUCAGCUACUGCAAUAUAAUAGAUGGAAGACUUCCAAAAGAUUUUGGAUCCUUAUCCUCUUUGAAAGUGUUGCGGCUCAGUGGAAAUAAUUUUAAGCAUUUGCCUCGUAGCAUAGCCCAACUUGGUACUCUUGAAUACUUGAUCUUAUCAGAUUGCAAGAGACUUACACAGCUGCCAGAAGACAUUGGAUGUUUAUCCUCUUUGAAACACAUAUCCAAACUUGGUGCUCUUCAAUCCUUGGACUUAUCAGAUUGCAAGAGGCUUACACAGCUGCCAGAAUUUCCACAGCAAUUACUUAAAAUAUGUGCAGAUUGGAGCAAUGAUUCAUUUUGUAAUUCGUUGUUUCAGAAUAUCUCAUCAUUCCAGCAUGACAUCUGUUCUUCAGAUUCCUUGUCACUAAGAGUGUUUGGGAGUUGGGUGGAGGAUAUCCCAAGUUGGUUCGAACAUCAGGGAAUGUGCCCAAGUGUAUCAGUCAAUCUGCUUGAGAAUUGGUAUGAUAAGUUAUUGGGGUUUGCUGUAUGUUACUAUGACGAAUAUAAUAUUGAUUGCAUCACAGCUCAUUUGAUUCCCUCAUGUGAUGAUGGGAAGUCGUCGAUGACCCAGGAAUUUCCCUUAUCCAACAAUUCAGAAUUAGACGAUGAUGAUGUAUGUAAUAUAUUUUUUUUGUUGGUACCUCUUUGUGGCUUAUGGAAUGCAUCUAAUGCAAAUGAAACAACACCAAAUGGCUAUGGACGCAUUAAGUUAGAUUUUAUUAGUCAUGUUGGUGAUUUUGGAGAAACAGAUGAUGAUUCUGGAGAAAAGAAGAAAUUUGGAGUUCGUUUGUUGUCUAAAAAUGAAUUUGAGGUUUGCAAUGGGAUAAGGAAGAGCAGAUGUGAAGAAGAGGCCACUUGCUCCUCUUCAAAAAAACAAAGGUUACAUAUCAGUAAUCAGCAGUGA